UUUGCAGGAUGAGCAUCCAGAAUCAAGGGGCUAGCUUAUCUUCCUCUGCGAAGCUGAAGCGUGGGCGUCCAUGGGAGGAAGAGAGUGUUCAAGGGGGCAACACACCUGCAACACCCGAGACUGACUAUCUGAACAGAAACAAGCAAAGUAUGUGGAUAGGUAACCCUGCCUCUAUUGACAUGUUAGGUCAGAUGGUUUCUGGUGUCGUAGAAGGAUCAUUUGAUGCCGGGUAUCUUCUUAAUGUUAAGGUAGCUGAUACCAAUGUGCAUCUCAGAGGUGUUGUUUUUCUACCGGGACUAGUUGCUCCCAUUACUGGUGCAAACGAUGUGGCUCCACAUGCUAAGAUGUACAAAAGAAAAGAUAUUCCUAUCCCGUUUCUAAACAUUCAAAGUCGUCUCCAUGUUGCGAAUCCUCCAUCGGGGAAAAGUCAGAAGCCCGUUGAGCAAAAAAAUGGCGACUCUAACAUUUCAGACCAAGGUCUACAUACUGGGCUUCAGCCUGGUGCCUCGGUAGCUAGUAUCUUGCCAAUAAAUGAAACCGUUCUAUCCCUCGGACAAAGGGUCAUGCAAGAACAAAUCUUUGAUUCCCUAUUGCAUAAUGAGAAAGCUGUCGGACGGCAUCUGUCACUGCAGCGAUUUGAAGGGCCAAAUGCUAAUGUAGAAGCUCCUGAAGCAUCCGAGCCUGUGUCUGCAAAUGAUGCUACUAGUUUGUCAGCUACUGAGACUAUAAAAGUCCCGAGUCCUGAUCUUAAGCCAAAGAAAUUGGCUCAUGAUGAUGUGAAAAGUCUUGGUGUUGAUAACAACGAAAGUCCCGAAGAUAUUGAUAUUUCCGAAGAUACUCGAUUGGAGCUUGCUCAGAAGAUUACAAAUGGAGCUAACACGUCUCACAUCGAUGGUUUAUCUGCAAGCGAUGAUAUUACAACUACGGCAACAGCUCCGUUCCCUGCAUCCAUGACCAGCCUACCAAUAAUGAUAUUCGGGGAAGAAACUACUCCGUUUGAACCCGAGUUUGCUGCUGAAGAAUCCAUUCUUCCAACAAUGGUUGUCCCUGAAGUUAACAGUUCCACAACGACUACCGACACUUACAGUGUGGAGUCUAAUGCCAAAGAUGCGAUUCCAACACCACAUUCUUUGUUUUGGAGAGAUUGAAAUUAAAGGCGGAAACAGGACGAGCUUGGAAGAUAGACCUAGAGUGGUUUAUG